AUGAAAGGUGAUCCUGACAGUAUGUCUUUAGAUGACGUUCUGAAAAAGGCUGAAAAAGCUGAGCUUCAAUUACUCUAUCGUCGUAAGGAAGAAACACAAAAAGUAAAUUCACAAGAAUUAUCUCGUUCAAUAACUUGUCAACCAAUAAGUAUGAAAACACCGGAAACAACUGUUGUUGUCGCCAACCUUGAUAUAGUCAGUUUAGAUUACUGGCAUCUUUUAAAAGGUGCUGAUCCAAUUACUUCUUAUUCAGGUGCUGAUAUUGUCGGGCCUGAAGGUGGUUCUAUUGAGCCAGUUGGCUGGGUAGAAGCUAGUAUAAUCAUAGCUGGCCAAAAUUCCCAUCAUCCCGUUAUCCUCGCACGUAAAUUCAACCAAAAAGUGUUAUUGGGUACAGAUUUUAUGUUUGAAACUGGUCUAGUACUCGAUAUUCAGGAUCGCAAGUUUUGGUUAAGAGACAAGCCUCUGGCCAAAUUUCUUCUAUCUAUCGAUUUACAUCAAUCAGGCAGAUUAGAUAUUUCUGUUUAUGCCUUAGAAAAGAAAAGAUUGCCUCCUUUCCAUCAGACUUUUGUUUCUGUUAGAACACCAUCAGAGAUAAGUGAUCAGAAGUGGGAAGCAUCUACUACAGGUGUAAACACACGCUUAUCUACAGCUAACAGCAUUGUCACAGUUGAUAAGAAUAUAACCACGGCGAAGGUUGCAAAUCUGACUUCACGAUGA